AUGGCCGUUCUCGGGGCUAGUGGCUCCGGAAAAUCAACCUUGAUCGACGCAGUUGCUCAUCGGAUAUCCAGAGAGAGCUUAAAGGGAACAAUUACUCUAAACGGUGAAGUUUUGGAUUCUAAACUUCUUAAAAUUAUAUCAGCUUAUGUUAUGCAAGACGACCUGUUAUUUUCGAUGUUGAUGGUUGAAGAGACGCUCAUGUUCUCGGUGGAGUUUAGGCUACCACGUACUCUCUCAAAGUCGAAGAAGAAAGCAAGAGUUCAAGCAUUGAUCGAUCAGUUAGGCCUGGAAAGCACUGCUAAGAUGGUGAUCGAAGAUGAAGGCCAUAGAGGAGUCUCCGGCGACGAAAGACGUCGAGUUUUCAUCGGAAUUGACAUUAUUCAUGAUCCGAUCGUUCUGUUCCUUGAUGAACCCACGUCGGGACUUGACUCUACCAGUGCCUACAUGGUGGUGAAGGUCUUACAGAGGAUUGCUCAAACUGGAAGCAUUACUUCUGAGCUCGACAGUUUGAUCUUUCUUUCACGAGGACAAACGGUGUACAUUGGCUCUCCGGAUGGUCUUCCGCAGUUCUUUUCUGAGUUUGGACAUCCAGUUCCAGAAAACGAGGAUCGAACUGAGUUUGCUCUUGAUUUUAUCCGAGAGCUCGAAGGCACUCCUAGUGGAACCAAAAAUUUGGUUGAUUUCAACAAAUCAUGGGAAAUGAACAAUUCAGAAAAUGGAUCAAAAGAUUCAAAAUUGUCUCUCAAAGACGCCAUAAGUGGAAGCAUUUCUCGAGGAAAGCUAGUCUCUGGAGCAACAAACAUAGUAGAAGCCAACCUCCCAUCUUCUGUUCCAAGGUUUGCGAACCCUUUUUGGAUUGAAAUGAUAGUGAUCGGGAAACGAUCAUUACUAAACUCAUGGAAGUCGCCGGAGCUCUUCGGUAUCUGA